AACGCCGCAUUUUUUACGUAAACUUAUUCAGAUUGUAAAUUCAACAAGUUAUUAAUGCAAAAACUCUGAAAAACAAACUAAAAGUAUUAACUUUUAAGAGCGCUAUUAAAGACAAAACCAAUUGAAAAUGAUUUACACAACGACGCUGCUGUCGCGAGGCUCCCUCAUCGGGUCGCUAAUUAGCAAAGUCAGGCAAGUUGUAGCCAAAAACUCAGACACUGCACAUACAGAUCAAAUCAACAAAAAUUUCACACCUACGCCAAACACAAACAGACCAUUGGCCGCCGCCAGCCUUAGCAAUAGCUCGGCACUGCACUCCAAGUCGCUGGAGGAGCAGAUUGGCCUGCCGCCCAGGCCAAAGAAGCCGCUGACGCCAUACUUUCGCUUCAUGCGCGAAAUGCGACCCAAGAUGCUGGCAAAGGAUCCAAAGAUAACCACAGUCGAGGUUGUGCGCCAACUGUCCAAGAGCUGGGUGGAUGUCGAUCCCAAGCUGAAGGAGCGCUUGCAGUCAGAGUACAAAAAGGAUCAGGAGCUCUACCUGGAGCAGCGCACCAAAUAUGAUGCCACGCUCACCGACCAGCAACGCGCUGAAAUCAAACAGAUGAAACAGGACAUCAGCGAUGCCAAAGAGCGGAAACAGCUGCGCAAACGUAUCAAGGAACUGGGACGCCCCAAGAAGCCGGCCUCCGCCUUUCUGCGCUUUGUGGCCAGCGAGCGCACGAAUACGCCACAAACACCAAAUCAAACGUAUCGCGAAUGGCACCAAAAGGCGACCGCCAAAUGGACUCGCCUCUCGGACGAAGAGAAAGCAGUCUAUCUGCGCGAAUCGCGCAAGGAACUGGACCAGUACAAAAAAAACAUUUCGAUUUGGGAGGAGAAAAUGAUACGUCUGGGCCAUAUCGAUGUUGUACGUCAUGGCAACCUCAUCGAUCCGCCAGAGCCCAAGCCACGCAAAGCCCAAGCUCUGAAAGAGAAGUAGUCUGAACCACACAUCAUCUGCCAACACAUGUUUCGUUUUUUUAACCACCAGUUUGCUUUCUUUAGUUUUUCAUCGUGUGAAAAUUUAAUUUGUUAGGUUCCUUGCUCGCCUUUAUAAGUAUAAAAUAAGUCGAUUCUUAUGGUCCAGUUAAAUGCUGUGCGCGAUCUGUUCUCAAUAUUCAUUUCGAGUAAUGUAAAUAGCUUCAGCAUAAUGUAUUAAAUACUUAUAAAGAA